AUGCCGGAGCGGUCUGGGGGAAGCCGCGUGCGGCUGACCUUUACAGGUGACGGGCUGGUUUCCGCCGUUGGUCGCGUGCAUCUCCGGCAUUGGAAUGCGGAGUGUUUCGAUGAUACGGCGGGUGGAGUCGAUGAGACGCAGCGGUUAUCGGAGGCGACGCGGCGGCUGUUGGAGGCGGGAAGACGUGGUGGUUGUCGGAGGCGGAGCGACGUAGCGGCGCUGGACGAAGGGAUGCGGCUGCUGACAAAGGCGAUGGCAGAUGAAGGCGAUGCAGCGAGGCGGCUGGUAGAGGCUAUGUUGCGGCGGCAGACGAAGGCGAUUCGGUUGACGGAGGCGAAGCAACUGGACGGUGGACGGAGACGACGCGACGCGACGAAGACGGAAGAGAGGCGACUGACCGGAGAGGCGACGCGAACGAGAGAUAGCCUCGUCCUCUAA